AUGGCGGGUUUCAGAUUUCAGGUCCAGAAAGAAGGGAGUGGAUCAGCUGGAGUUGCAAUAGCAAUCGGCCUAUUCGUUGCAUUUGGAGGUAUUCUCUUUGGAUACGACACUGGCACCAUCGGCGGGAUCUUAGGAAUGGACUAUUGGAUAAAAGAAUUCGCCCGAGACGAAGAUGAAAACAGGAUGAAGUUUAUUAGCUCAGCCGACAAGUCGCUAAUUGUGUCGAUUUUAUCUGUUGGAACGUUCUUCGGAGCAUUGCUAUCUGCUCAAGUCGCAGAUUACUUUGGUAGAAAGCACGGGUUGAUGAUAUCUUCUGUAGUAUUUACGAUUGGAGUCAUUUUCCAAACGGCCGCAACAGAAAUAAUAAUUUUGGUAGUUGGAAGGUUGAUAGCUGGCUUAGGGGUUGGUCUGCUAAGCGCCCAAGUACCGAUGUACCAAUCAGAAACUAGUCCAAAAUGGAUUCGAGGGGCCAUUGUUGGUAGCUACCAGUUAGCAAUUACCAUAGGAUUACUUUUGGCUUCCUGUGCGAAUCAAGGAACUCACGAGCGACAAGAUACAGGCUCCUAUCGGAUACCCCUUUCGAUACAAUUUGUUUGGGCACUCAUACUUUUCUUUGGGAUGAUGCUGCUACCAGAGACUCCACGGUUUUUGAUCAAACGCAACCGAUUUGACGAUGCAGCAAAAUCUUUGUCCACCCUCCGUCGAUUACCUCCUGACCACCCUGAGGUUAUUACUGAGCUCAAUGAAAUCAAGGCUAACCAUGAAUAUGAAAUGAGUAUCGGGCAAACUCCCUACAAAGAACUACUUUCAAACCGGAGUGGAUUCUUACGGAAACGGCUGCUAACGGGUGUCGGGAUCCAGGUUUUCCAGCAACUCAGUGGCGCUAAUUUUAUUUUUUACUAUGGAACGACAUUUUUUCAAUCCGCUGGAAUCAAGAAUUCUUUUGUCGUGUCACUUAUCACCAAUUGCGUAAAUGUUGUUUCAACUUUGCCAGGUCUUUGGCUUGUCGACAACUGGGGCCGCCGUAACUUGUUGCUGUUCGGUGCUGCAGGAAUGUUCAUCUGCCAGUUCAUUGUGGCCAUUGUGGGUACAGUUUCUCAGUCGCAGGCGGCGCAUAAUACAUUAGUAGCAUUUGUUUGCAUAUAUAUCUUUUUCUUCGCUUCAUCAUGGACGGGAGAAAUAUUUCCCCUCAAGGCAAGGGCAAAAGGACUUUCCAUCACAACCGCGGCAAAUUGGCUCUUCAAUUGGGCUAUUGGUUACGCCACACCUUACAUGGUCGACAGCGGCCCCGGUAACGCAAAUCUUGGAGCCAAAGUAUUCUUCGUAUGGGGUUCAUUCUGCGCCUUAAGCUUCGCAUUCGUAUGGGCCUUUAUAUACGAAACCAAAGGGUUUACCUUGGAACAGGUUGACGAGAUCUAUGCCAAAGUCCCACAUGCAUGGAACUCUCCAGGUUUCGAACCUACGGUAAAGUUUAUUGAAGUAGCGGAGGAGGUUCAACAACAGCCAUACGAAGGCGGAAGGCGACUAACCUUAUCUGAGAUAGAAGCCAGCGCUAUUCGUCGGAAAAGUUCCGUGGGAUUACCAGAAAAGGACGAGAAGAUUGUUGAAAGUGAGAUACAGUAG